AAUGAAGCCAGAACAAGAAGAGGCGCGCCCUCCAUUGGUCUCUGUUAAGGGGACUCCUUUGAUAAAGUAUUUUGCAGAAGUCUACGAUGAAGUGGAAAGAUUUCAAGCACAUCCAGAUGAUUUACUGAUCUCUACAUACCCCAAGUCUGGAACUACCUGGAUCAGUGAGAUUAUGGACAUGAUCUAUAAAGAAGGCAGUGUUGAAAAAUGUGCACUUAAACCCAUCUAUGUGAGAGUCCCUUUCUUGGAAUUUGCUCUGCCUUGUCUUCCUACAGGCCUUGAAUUGCUCAAGGAAGCACCGCAUCCGUGUCUAAUUAAAACCCACCUUCCUGUCCACCUGCUCCCCAAAUCUUUCUUGGAAAAGAAUUGCAAGAUUAUCUAUGUAGCCAGAAAUGCAAAAGAUGUGGCUGUCUCGUUUUAUUACUUCUACAAAAUGGCAAAACUGCACCCGGAGCCUGGAACAUGGGAGGAAUUUCUGGAGAAAUUUCUGGAUGGGAAUGUGUCUUUUGGAUCCUGGUACGAUCAUGUCAAAGGUUGGUGGGACAUCAGGGAAAAAUACAGGAUUCUGUACCUCUUUUAUGAAGAUAUGAAAGAGGAUCCAGAACAAGAGAUUUGGAAGAUAAUGGAGUUCCUAGAGAGGCCAGCUGAUGAAAACUUAGUCAAGAAAAUUGCACACCACACUUCCUUCAAAGAGAUGAGCCAGAACCCAAUGGCUAAUUAUACAGGCGUUCCCAUUUCGUUUAUGGAUCACACCAUUUCUCCUUUCAUGAGGAAAGGAGUUGCUGGCGACUGGAAAAACCAGUUCACAGUGGCACAAAACGAACAUUUCAACGAGAAUUACAAGAUGCAAAUGAAAGGAACUACAUUGCAGUUUCGAACAGAUAUAUGAUUAUUGUUGUCCCCCCUCCUUGACUUUUCAUUUUCUUACUCAUAAUUAAAAUAAUCCUACACAUUUUGUAUAUGUGCCUGGAAUGUAGGUCAGUACACUGCACAGGCCUCCUAGUUAAUAAGAUAUGUCCAACAGUAAAGGCUGUCAAGGUAAUUUCUAAAUUGUAGAAUA